AUGCCUCCGAGCAGAGCGAUUCGGAUGCGCAGUAAAGCUUAUCUGACGCGUUCCAUAUUUUUGGGGUUACGUACCGUUCGUGGGCCCGGUCUUCUAUUCCUUAGCACGAAAUGCGUGAACCCAACUAACAAUCUAACAGAACUUCCUUCCUGGCUGGCAGAAUGUUUCUUUAUGGCCAAACUGGAUGUCAGCCAUAAUCAACUCACUCAACUACCUAGUCUGAUUUUCACUACGUCCAAAAAGCUGCAGGAAUUACGGGCGAACCACAAUCUUCUGAAGGAGUUGCCAAAUUCAGUCGGCAACGUCGUCCUGGAAAUAUUACAACUACAACAUAAUAACCUUUGUAGUCUUCCACCCACAAAAUCUCUCUCUAUCUAUCUAUCUAUCUAUCUAUCUAUCAUUAUCUCUCUAUAUCUAUCUCUAUAUAUCUAUUUCUUCCUCUCUCUCUAUCUAUCUAUCAUUAUCUCUCUAAAUCUAUCUUUCUCUCUAUCUAUCUAUCUAUCUAUCGAUCUAUCUAUAUCUGUCUAUCUUUCUCUCUUUCUCUCUCUCUCUCUCUAUCAUUAUCUCUUUAUAUCUAUCUACCUUUCUCUUUCUCUCUCUCUUACUAUCUAUCUUUCGAUUUAUCUAUAUCCGUCUAUCUAUCUUUCUUUUUAUUUUUUAGUAAUCAGCUGCUUUCCCCGUCUGAAAAAGCUCCAUUUGGCCGAAAAUAUUAUCGAGGAAAUACCAGAAAGCUGCAUCGCCAAACUGGAAGCUCUGCAAGAACUUAACAUCUCAUCCAACUGCUUGACGCACCUCCCUCCAAGUCUGUGUAACCAUCCGAAACUGCAAGUUCUCCGGGCAAACUCAAACAUGAUCUACAACCUCCCAGAUUUUAAAGGGGCUCCGGAGCUAAAGGUUCUUGAAGUCGGCUUUAAUUGUUUGUACGAUUUAUCCGUAACUCAUCUGAUGGAUUCCCAGGUGAGCCUUCUGGAUAUUUCCGGUAAUCCAAAUCUCUUUGUCGAUGCCGCCGAAUUGGAAGGUUUGAAGCACAAGAAACGAGUUUGUAUGAUUGAUAUGAGAGGUCAGAACAGGUCACUGUCUCAACAAGACACGCAAGAUAAACAGAUGCCGUGGCAAAGUGGCUUUUCGCAGACGUCAGGCAUGAGAAACAAGCUGUGUGUUGCCAUCUUGAAUAAAACAAAGUUCAACCGAACUGGCGAGGACGCCCUUUUCGGAAUUUUUGACGGCGGGAAAAGCGACGAAGUGGCUUUGUUGUUGGCUGACAUUAUGGAAGAAACUGUUUUAGAAGAAUUAAAUUGUCCCCUUACCCCAUCGGGAGGAACGAGCUACAUGAAAUACACAAUGCUGAGUGCACACAGGAAACUAAAAUCUACUGGACAGAAAAUCGGGGCUUCUGCAGCGGUUUGUCACUUGAGAAAACUGCCGGACGGAAGGGACGGUUCCACGAAAUACUGGAUAACGGUGUCCAAUGUUGGAAUGGUCCAGGUGGUUUUGUCUCGCAAUGGACAGGCUAUACCACUUACACAUUGUUUCUCUGUGAACACAGAUCGUUCAGAGUGUAUUCGCAUCCAAAAAUCCCAUGGCAUCAUAACAGAGGAUGGUCGUGUUAAUGGUAUCACAGAAUGCACCCGGCUGCUCGGAAGUGGUUACCUCUUCCCGCAGUUGAUACCAAAGCCGCACGUCAAGAGCGUCAUGCUCCAACCAGACGACCAAUUUAUCAUCAUUGCUAACCACGAACUUUGGAAGUAUGUGAAUGCUGAAGAGGCAGUCAAACACAUAAUCACGAUCCACGAUCCUGUCAUGAGUGCAAAGGCCCUCCAAGAUCUUGCACAGGGUUACGGCGCUUCGGAAAAUCUCAGCAUCAUGGUAAUCAACCUGGCGCCAACACAAGCACCCCAUAUCCAUGCUUUGCCAUCUACUUUGCUUAGAUUUCCCCAAUUUGGAAACGACGCCCUUGGAGCAAUGGCGUCGAAAAUCUUACACGAUAAAGUGUUCCGCGGCAAAGGCAUCGACGGUAGUCCAUUAACGCCGAGCAGUUUGCGUUCAAUUGUGGAAACAAACGAAGACGAAGAAACGCCAACUAAUAGCAGACAAGAUCUUCGACUACAAGAAGUGGAUGACGAUAUCUACAGGGAAUGUGGUUCAGUUGAACUUCCUCCCGCCUUUAAGCUGAGACCACUGCCGACCACAAAAAGCAGAUACCAAAAAAAAGGUGAAAUCCAUGAGUGGGACGAGUUGCUGCAACAAAGGUUGGCUGAAGAAGUAAAAAACAAAGAACUCGACAAAGAAUUGCAGUCGAUGAUAGGCGACGCCAACAACCAACAGGGAAACAGCUUCGAUAGCGAGGCGAACGCUCUUGAGACGGACAGCAAUUGGUCGACACUGGAACAGCGAGUCUUGCUCGCGUCAGCGGAAGCCAACAACCAACAAGACGCAGUGACCCUGGCUAACGCUCAAGCGGGAGUGGUGCCAAGUGAAACGUCAACUGAAUCCCCGGAUGAGGACCGACUUUAUGAUAUUCCCGUCGGCAUCGAUCGAGACGCCAUUCUCUUCUACAAAAUGCAAAUGGCUCGCAUUAACAGCGGCAAAACAGGCAGCUUGAAUUCCGUUCAAUCCGACCCGAUGUAUGCGUCCCUUGAAGAGAUCGCCCCCAAACGGGUGCCUUCACACAGCAUAGAGGUGCUGGUCAGGGCGAUACCCAAUCUUAGUCGAGCGGCGUCAUCUGUUGAAAAGCGCCCCUCAAUACCCGUAGCUCCCCCACUGCCCCCUUUGCUACCUCCGCCGCUACCUCCACCACCACCAACGCCCCCACCGCCUAUUCCCGAGCUUUCUGACUUUGUUCCUACUGAUAAUUCCCGCGAGAGAAAGCAAAGCGGCCCCGAUUUUUUGAAAGCGAUGACUCUAAGGGGAGAUAGUGAAAUUGUGUACACUUUAGUUGAUAAGUCACCGGUGUCGGAUGAUAUACCACCAGAAGCUAAUUUGGCUGUACCCUACAUCACGUUACCGCAAUCAUGGACCAAUCAACCUCCACUAACACCAACUCCCACAGCGCAAGGGUCGUCAACCAACAAAGAGGGUGGAACCAAAACCCCAAGUCAGCAAAGUAUUAUUAUUUCAUACCUUUGA